UUUUAUGUUUCAAUAAUUUUUCGUGGAAUUCGAAAUUGGUUUAGAUUUAUAUUUUAAGCUAAGUAAAAGCUACAUAAAUUGAAGUUUUAAUCUAUUGUCGUAAUUAUUUUUUUUACAAAUAUAUUUAAAAUAUAUCUUGUACAAUACCAUUCGCCAUAUACAUAUCUACAUACAUACAUACAUAACUCAAUAUGGCACAUCAUACAGUAAUUACAUUGGAGAAACCUCUGCAGCAUUUGGCUUUGUCUGAUUGGAAUGCUCGUGUGAAUCAGCUGCGCAAUGUAGCCGACGCAAGACGAAGCGACGCUUUCACCAUCCGGCAUAGCUCCCGUACUCUGCGUAAUGAAACGCGUAUUGAAGGGGAUUGGACUAAUUAUGAAACUAAUGAGGCGUUAGCAGAUCGUAUUGCAGAGCUCGCCCGUUGGCGUGAAACAAUCGCUAGAACAUUUGAACGCAUUGUGCGUGAAAUGAAAAUGCUAGAGGAGGAGAAGGCAUCAACGGAGCGAGAACUAGAUGCAAUGCAAACUCCUAUUAGUGUUAUUGCUGAAUGCCUGACGAUGCGUGAUUGUCGCUUGGGUUCUGAAUUGACUUACGAUGAGGCUGAUACGGAAAUUAAAAAUGAAUUGACUAUUGUAGAGAAUAAUCAACGUCUUCUAGCCGAUCAAUGUCAGAAAGCCUGGGAGAAACUUAGUCGUUUGGAAGAGGUAAAAUUCAAGCUUGGAUUAGAGGUCGGAAAUAAAACAGAAGCGGAAGAACUGGACGUAGCACAACUUGAUCUAAAUAAAUUUGCGGCAAAUAUUACCUAUAAGCCCGACCCAACGCGCAACCCUAAAAACUGUUGCACUUAUCAAGGAUGGCUGGAACAUACCAAAAACGUGAAGCAAAUGGCUGAAAAUGAACUAGCUGAUACGUAUGCUAUACGAGAGGCGUUAUUCGUUUGUCGUGAGAAGGCACGCAAUAUGUUGAUAACACAACAGGAACGAGCCGAACAUUCCAUACGCAAGCGCAUCUUCGAGACCCAGCGUGCACGAAAUGAGCUGCAGUGGCAACAAAUGAAGAUGAAAGAGGAAAUGGAGAAGGCUGUUUGUGAAAUAAAAACUUUGGAACAAGCCUUAAGGGAUAAAACUGAUGGUCUAAAGCUUGCUGAAACACGUUUGGAAAAUAGAGCACAACGUUCUGGUAUGGAAUUAUGUUUAGAUGAGGCACAUGAGCAACUGUGUUUGGAAGUACAAAAAUUACAAGCUAUACGACGUCGCUUAAUGGAGAAAAUCGAUGAGUCUAAGGCCAACUAUAAUUUAUUAGAAGAACAUGCUCAAAAAAUUGAUAUCGACUUGGAGAACAAACAGCAUUCGUUGAUGACUGAUAUUCGAGCUUUGGACUUACGUCAACGUUUGAAAGGCGGUGAAUUCGGUCAAAAACAAACAUCUCCGACUACGCAGACUGAUCGCAACAUUGUCCUGACACAAAUGGAGCAAGAGAUACCCAAGAAUUGAAUAAUAAUUUUUGUAAUUCUUUGCUACACUUUGCACAUAUGUAUGUAUUUUAGACUUUUCUAUUGUUUUAAG